GGCUGCCUAACUAAUGAAAAAUUAAUUUUGAAUACUCAACUUUGAUGAGUUUGAUCCCAAGAUCCGCCAGUGAGUAUCCAGGAAGUCAACCACCCAUCGUAGGAAAGAAAUUGAAACAUGCUUUUAUCUCUUUAAUAAUUCAAUGGAAAUGUAUAUGUCCUCUUCAGAAUUGAUUUAACUUACAAAGUCAAAAGUUGCAAAAGUGUACAUACGACUUCAGGGGUCUAUAAAAGUUAGUAGCAGAGUUUUUAAGAAGUCGAUGUGCCAAAUUUUUAAGUUAAGAAAAACAAAAAGGGCUAAAUACCAGUUGCAUCCGUUAUCUAUUAAAUGAGUUUGGAAAGAAAGAAAGGAGUUUCCUUAGAAAUGGAAAUGAGGAUAUUCUGUGGAGCACUAAUAUUGUCAUUCUUUUGCUCUUUGGUUUCCCCAGAUGGUCAAGGUAUGCUCUGGUUUCUAGUGAAUAAUUAAUUGAGAGAUUUCCUGAGUAAAACAUAGCUGCCUUCAGAUGAAAUAUGUUUUUUGUUUUGUUUUACUAUAUAGUGCAAUUUCUGUAACUAUUAACUCCCUCUUUCUCCGAAUGGCAUUGCAUUUAAUUUGCAAAUUGCAAUAUAUCAGUUUUAGGAUAUUUAGGAUAGGAUGUAUCUUCAAAAUUCUUUUGAAUCAUCUUUCUAUUAGGAGAAGCAUUGACUGCAUUGAAGGAAUCAUUGAAGGCAUCAGGUAGUCAGCUUAGCGAUUGGUAUACAACUUCAGUUAAUCCAUGCACAUGGUCAAAAAUUAAAUGUGAUGCUAGUAACAAUGUCAUCAGUGUGUAAGUGACCUCUUCCUUGAGGAUGUUCUUGAAUAUCAUUUAUGUGGGCAAAUUAAACAUGAUGUAGUCACAAAUUUUUCACUGUGGUGGUUUGCAGGUCAUUAGCUGAUAUGGGAUUUUCCGGCACUUUGUCUCCCAAAAUAGGAGCUUUGAAGAAGCUAACCAUAUUAUCGUUGCAAGGAAAUAGGAUAACUGGUAGGAUUCUUGAAGAACUUGGAAAUCUGUCAAGUUUGACAAUGGUUGACCUGACAAACAACCAAUUGUCCGGAGAAAUACCACCUUCGCUUGGAAACCUCAAGAUGCUCCAGUCCUUGUAUUUGAAUCAGAAUAAUCUCACCGGGACAAUCCCUCAAUCUCUUUCAACCCUUCCAAGCUUAACUAACUUGUGAGUCAUCACUCAUGAACCUCAUCUUGUUGGAAAUGCCAUUUCCAUGUAAAUUAUUUGCUGCACUUAUUAUUUUUAUUAUAUAUGACUAGGGUGCUACUUUAUAUACUUGUGAACCUACUAUAGUAGGGGGCUAGGGGCAUGCCAUUCCUAAAUUAACUUUAUGGAGAUGUUCUUAAUUGCAGGCACCUCGAUUCCAAUAGUCUUACUGGUCAAAUUCCUAAAAGUUUAUUUGGAGUGUCAAUACAAUUUUACAGGUAACCAUUUGAACUGUGGCUUCAAUUUUAGCCGGCGGUGUGAAUCUAGAAACGUGUGUACAAGGGACGGCUCUCAUUCAUUUUCAUAUGCUGUGUCUGGCCUUUCCGUGAUGAGUUAGCCUUCUGUUGUGGGCAGUUACCCCAAGUAAAUCAAAGACUGGGGUUGUUGUUGCUAUUGUUGUUGGACUUAUUGUUCUUGCGGGAAGCUUACUACUAUUUUGUAUGAGGGGCCGACUUAAGGGCUACAAGCAGGAUAACUUUGAAGAUGUUGCAGAUAAAUGGCCAGAUGGCCCUUGUUAUAUUCAGGAGAAGUUGACCGACAGAUUGAAUUCAAUCAGUUAAGAAGGUUUUUAUGGACAGAGUUGCAAAUUGCUACAAACAACUUUAGUGAAAAGAAUGUACUUGGACAGGGAGGUUUCAGAAAAGUUUACAAAGGAGUACUCGCAGAUAAUACGAAGAUUGCUGUUAAAAGGUUAACAAACUACAAGAGUCCUAGUGGAGAUGUUGCUUUCUACCGUGAGGUUGAGAUGAUAAGUGUUGCAGUUCAUCGGAAUCUUUUAAGGCUCAUUGGCUUUUGCACCACUAUAACAGAACGCCUUCUAGUUUACCCGUUUAUGUCGAAUUUAAGUCUUGCCUCUCGUUUACGAGAACUUCAACCUGGGGAGGCUGUUCUGGACUGGCCUACUAGAAACCGAGUGGCAUUGGGCAUUGUAACCCAAAAAUUAUUCACCGUGAUGUUAAGGCUGCAAAUGUAUUAUUAGAUGAAUAUUUUGAAGCUGUUGUGGGUGAUUUUGGGUUGGCAAAGGUGGUAGAUGUUGGAAAGACCAAUGAAACCACUAGAGUUUGUGGCACGAUGGGACACAUUGCUCCCGAGUACUUGCAUACGGAAAAUCAUCAGAGAAAACUGACGUUUUUGGCUAUGGAGUCAUGCUUCUUGAGCUUGUUAUAGGUCAACGUGUGGCUGACUUCUCUCGCCAUGAAGAAGAAGAUGAUGUUUUAUUUCUUGAUCAUGGACAGUUGCAAACACUGGCAUGUGGUCUUUACUGGAUGUUGUGGAUCACCCAAAAUUAACGUGGUCUCUAUGAGGUUCCUGCCCAAGCAAGGAGUAGAGACAUUUGGAAUUGAGUAAAGGGUCAGUUUGGUCCUCGAAGUUGUAAAAAAGACGUCAAAUAAGUCCUUAUAUAGAAAGUUCUGUCCGGACGUGCCAUUUGAGGUGGCUCCCGGUAGAAUUUUGUGAUAAAUUCUUUUGAGCAUCUUAUUCAUUAAGUCUAGU